AUGGGUUCCCGUUUCCAAGAAGAUGCAAAAAGACUUCAGCCCCUCAACUUCAAACCGUGGAUUCUACGAGCAGUCCCGAUGACAAUCUUGGCUAUACUAAUCCUACUUAUGAUGGCAGCCCUCAUAUUCUCAGCCAGAUACUCGUAUGCGCAUUCUGGCUUGACGCCAUACCCAGGAAGCAUAUACUCGGGCCAAUACUUUUUAUUCCGCAUACUGCCACAGUUGUUAGCAGCUGUCAUCUUUAUUUACGCACAAAGCAUUGUAAAGGCUUCCUUACGAAUUCUACCUUUCACGGCGAUGGCCAGCGAGGAUCCACGGGCGAGAUAUUUGGCACCAUUCCAGAGGCUCUACCCUGCCUCAUUUUUGCUGCCCCAGUUCACCGGGCCGUGGCAGUUCAAGAUUUUCGACGUUGCGACGUGGUUGACCAUAUUCACAAUACCUUUACAGAGCUCCGCUUUUACGUGCAUCUUCGUCCAUGACAAGUGGGUUUGGGCGCCCGUCCAGCCCGUGGUAUGGGCCCUCGUAGGGCUAUAUGGAAUUCUGCUGCUGGCAACAGUCAUUCUGAUGAUGUACUGGUUCGUACAAUGGACAGGUCUUGCUUGGGACAUUCGAUCAAUCGGAGACCUUUUGCCCCUGUUGAACCGCAGCAACAUCAUGCCCAGUUACCGACGCAGCGAUCUUGCCGAGGAUGCCAAGCUAUUUAAGAGCCAGCUGCGCGAGAGAUGGUUUGAUCGACUGGGUUACUGGAAAGCCGAAGAUGCGACCGCGGGAGGUAUUUGGUACACAAUUGGGGCGCCGCCCGACCAAGACUCUGGAAUUGCUCCGGGUUCGAUGGGUAAACGAGUUAGCAACGACACAUCAAUCGACCUGAAAGAGGCGGCGCCGGGGUUUUCCAUGGAGAACGCUCGUGGCAAAUAUCUGCCCCUGCCUCUCCGUGAUGGUCCGCUUCUCGCUUCCGUCGCCGUCAGUUUCUUUCUGCUGGCGGCUCUGAUCGUAGUUUCUUUCCUGCCACAGACACGACUCGAAGAUGGCUUUUUGCCGGGGUUGAAUGCAAGGCCUGACCACAAUGCCUUUUCCCCCGCCAACUUUGUCUUCAGCUUCGUGCCGGCCAUGGCUGGCAUGAUUCUCUUUUUGCACUUCCAGGUCUUUGAUCAAUCGCUUCGCAUUCUACAACCGUGGGCCGACUUACACGACGUAAAUGGGUCUCCAGCUCAGAGGUCUCUGCUGGCGGAUUACGCAGCCUGUCUUCCCCUGCAGGUGACAUGGAGGGCACUCAGAAACGGGCACUGGAGAGUGGCAGUCACAUCACUGCUGGCAACACUGUUUAUUUUUAUUCCGGUUCUAGGGGGCGGGCUGCUGAUGGCUUUGACGGGCCCCAACAGGACGGUGCGAAUGUAUCCCAGCAUGCCAGUCUUUGGCGUCCUGCUAGCAUUCCUGGUCCUCUAUGUAGGCGGACUUUGCUUGAUGGUGCCCCGCCGACGCCAAUUCCUACUCCCUCGAUCCGUUACCUCAAUCGCCGGCAUUAUCAGCCUCUGCUCUGCUGAGGAGCUCACACAAGACGCCGCGUUUCGGUCCGUUCGAGGACGAAGAGAUCUUGAAAACCGACUUGGCGUCGGACGCGACGACUCCCGGGACGAGAGCUCGUGGUUCUUUGGCAUUGUGCUAGGAAAGGACCGGCAACUGGCGAGUGUCAGGCGUAUGAACAAUCUUACGGAAAAGUUGCCAGUUUCUUCCAAUGCCAUGGCUUGA